AUGGUUCUCGAGGCGACGGUGGUGUGUGUGGACAACUCUGAAUGGAUGCGAAAUGGCGAUUACGCGCCGUCGCGCUUCCAAGCGCAGGCCGACGCCAUUAAUCUCAUCUGCGGCGCCAAGACGCAGUCGAACCCGGAGAACACGGUGGGCAUUCUGACGAUGGCGGGUAAGGGCGUGCGUGUGCUCGUCACCCCCACCGCCGACCUGGGCAAGAUUCUCUCCACCAUGCACGGUCUGGAGGUGGGGGGAGACACGAAUCUGCUGUCAGGCUUGCAGGUGGCGCAGCUGGCAUUGAAGCACCGGCAGAACAAGAACCAGCGCCAACGCAUCGUGCUCUUCAUUGGCAGCCCUGUAGCGGCAGAUGUGGAAACAUUGGUGAAGGCGGGGAAGCGGCUGAAGAAGAACAACGUGGCGCUGGACGUGGUGAGCUUUGGGUGGGACGGCGAGGACGAGGAGAAGCAGGCCAAGCUGGAGGCGCUGCUGGGCGCCGUCAACAGCAACGACAACUCGCACCUCCUGCACGUGCCGCCCGGCCCCGCUGUGCUCUCUGACGUGCUCAUCAGUUCCCCUGUAUUCACGGGAGACGGGGAAGGAGGUAGCGGAUUCGCAGCGGCAGCGGCCGCAGGGGCAGCAGCGGCAGCUGCAGCAGGGGGCGGCGGGCUGGGUGGCGACUUUGACUUUGGCGUUGACCCCAGCGUUGACCCGGAGCUCGCCCUGGCCCUGCGCGUGUCCAUGGAGGAGGAGAGAGCCCGCCAGGAGGCUGCUGCUAGGAAGGCUGCCGCUGAGCAGCAGGCUGCUGGGGGUGCUGGGGGUGAGGGAGGGAGUGGAGGGGAGGGUGGGUCGGGAGAGGGGGGGAAGGGGGAUGUGGCGAUGGGCGAGGGGGAGAAGAAGGCGGAGGAGGGGCGGGCCACUGCUGCUCCUGCUGCUGGUGAUGUUGCGAUGGACGACGAGACAGCGCUGCUGCAGCAGGCACUGGCCAUGUCAAUGGCAGCAGGGGCGGCAGGAGGGGCGGGAGGCGCUGGGAUGCUGGAAUGUGGGAUGGGACUUGGUAGUCGUGGGGACGACGAGACAGCGCUGCUGCAGCAAGCACUGGCCAUGUCAAUGGCAGCAGGGGCAGCAGGAGGGGCGGGAGAUGCUGCCAUGCUGGAUGCUGCUGCUGGAGGGGAGGAUGCUGAGCUGGCACUCGCCCUGCAGCUGUCGAUGCAGGAGGCAGCAGAGGAAGGCAAGAAGGAGGCUGCAGCGGCAGCAGCAGGGGUGGCAGGUGAAGCACCAGCAGCAGGAGCAGCAGCGGCAGCGCCUGGAGACGUGGACAUGAGUCAAGUGUUGGGGCCCCUCAUCCCUUUGCCUGUAUGUACCCCCCAUCCCUUGCUCUUUCACCUGCUGUACCCAUGUGUCGUGUCCCUGCCACCCAUGUACUACCACCCCAUGUGCCAAACCAUGUACCACCCCAUGUGCCAAACCAUGUACCACCCCAUGUGCCAAACCAUGUACCACCCCAUGUGCCAAACCAUGUACCACCCCAUGUGCCAAACCAUGUACCACCCCAUGUGCCAAACCAUGUACCACCCCAUGUGCCAAACCAUGUACCAACCUAUGUGCCCCCCCAUGCAGCUGCCAGGGGUGGAUCCCAAUGACCCCUCUGUGCGGGACGUGCUCGCCUCUCUCGCCCCCUCCCAGCCCCCCAAGGGGCAACGGGAGGCAGAUGUGAAGGCAAUGGAGACAUGCGCUGAACAGGUGCACAGGCAGAACCAAGUCUCUGGCAGCAUAUGCGGCUGCAUGGAGUGCACUGCAAUAUCUCCCCCGCCUCCUGCCAGUGUGGGUUGCAUGGGGACAGUGGAGAGAGGGGGGAUGUGA